GAUGAUGAGAAAAGGAUCGACCAUCGACGUAUAUAAGAAGAGAUAGUAAAAUCCCGCAAACUCUUUGGGGGCGCCUUUCAUCUUCUUCUUCCUCCUGCUCUAUUCCUCUGAUCGGUGGCUCCAGGUUAGGCCGUGGCGGUCACGAAGUGAAAGAAACACAAACAAUGAACAUCUUCAGCAAGAAACCUAAUCCCAAAGAGGCUCUCCGUGAGAGUAAGAGACAAAUGCAAAAUGCUACGAGAGGUAUAGAGAAGGAAAUUUCGGCGCUGCAGUCAGAAGAAAAGAGACUUGUGGCGGAGAUAAAGAGGACGGCUAAGACUGGGAAUGAGUCUGCAACCAAGAUCUUGGCCCGUCAACUAGUCAGGCUUAGGCAGCAAAUAGCAAAUUUACAAGGUAGUCGAGCUCAAAUGAGAGGCAUUGCAACGCAUACACAGGCACUGCAUGCUCAAUCUUCAGUUGCCACUGGCUUGAAAGGUGCUACUAAGGCAAUGGCGUCUAUGAAUAAGCAAAUGGAUCCUGCAAAGCAUGCGAAGGUUAUGAUGGAAUUCCAGAAACAGUCAGCACAAAUGGAUAUGACUACCGAGAUGAUGUCAGACACCAUAGAUGAGGUACUUGAUGAUGACGAGGCUGAAGAGGAGAGUGAAGACUUGACAAAUCAGGUGCUGGAUGAAAUUGGUGUAGAUGUCGCUUCACAGUUAUCAUCAGCACCAAAACAGAAGAUUGCAGGGAAGAAAGAGGAUGUCGCCAGUAGCUCCGGGAUUGACGAGCUCGAGAAGAGGUUGGCAGCUCUCAGGAACCCUUGAGAUGAAUAGCUAACUGGUAAUAAGAAAUAACAUCUGAUAUUGUGCCCAACAUCCUCCUCGACCCCUCCAUUUGUGUGUACAGUUGAGGUUUUCGAUUCAUUGUCACCAGUCCACACAGUUCAUCUGUACAUUCGCGGUAUUUGGCUUGUGGAUAAAUGUUGUUAUAGCGAUCCCAGUUGCAUAUAUUCAUUGAGAAGACUACUAAAAGAAUCAAAACAUUCAAACUGCACUGCCAUUUUUGUUAAAACAAGUCUCAAUUCACUGCUGC